AAUGGUAGCCAAUCAGCUAGAAGAAGCACGUGAUAAGGGAGGAUACGAUGCUUAUAUACACAUUCUGAGCAAGGCUUUGGUCCUUCCUUCUCCUUAUUAAAAAAAAUAUAUGGUGUCUGUCAAUAACGAAGAAACAAUGGCAGUAGUUGAAAAUGAAACCGCAAAACCCCAUGUUGCAAUCAUGCCAAGCCCAGGCAUCGGGCAUAUCACCCCUCUUCUCGAGAUCGCUAAACGACUGGUUGUCCUCCAUGACUUUCAUGUCAGUUUCAUUGUCAUCGCCACCAACGAAGCCUCUGCGGGCCAAGGCAAUCUACUCCAAUCAUCCACCCUACCUCCAGGCCUUGACGUGGUGUACCUCCCUACUGUCGAUGUUUUUGCGGUCACAACAAAUGGCAUGCCGUUGGCCGCUCGUCUUUGUGCCAUAGUAGAAGAAGCCAUCAAGUCCCUAAAAUCUGUCCUCGUAAAGUUAGGAAAGAUCAAAGCUGUUGUCGUUGACUUGUUUUGCACCCAGGCUUUUGACAUCUGCAGCGAGCUUUCAAUUCCAGCUUACUUGUUCUUCACUGCAUCCAUUGCCUUGCUCAACUUUUCUCUGUAUUUACCGACUCUUGACCGUGAAGUGGAGGGCGAAUUUGUUGAUCUCCCCGAACCUGUUAAGGUCCCUGGUUGCCCUCCAAUUCGACCUGAAGACCUCUUGGACCAGGUCAAAAACCGUAAGAUUGAUGAGUACAAAUGGUAUUUAUUUCACUCCAGCAGGUUCCAUUUGGGAGCUGGAAUAUUUCUCAAUUCCUGGGAGGAUCUUGAACCAGCGAACUUUAAAGCUAUCACAGAGGAUCCAUUCUUCAAACAGAUCCACACACCACCGGUUCACCCUGUUGGACCCCUAAUCAAAAUAGAAGAGCCUCUGACUGCCUCAGAUGCUGACUGCCUGGCCUGGUUAGACAAGCAACCUCCUAAUUCAGUUCUUUUUGUGUCACUAGGCAGUGGCGGUACGUUAACAGUUGAGCAACUCACUGAAUUAGCAUGGGGACUUGAAUUGAGCCAUCAAAGGUUCAUUUUUGUUGUUCGUAUGCCAACAAAUAGUAGCGCCUCCGCAGCAUUUUUCAAUGCAGGCAGUGAUGUCAGUGAUCCAAAGACAUAUCUGCCAACAGGAUUUUUGGAGAGGACACAAGAAAGGGGGCUGGUGGUGCCAUCAUGGGCCCCGCAAGUUCUGGUGCUCAAACACCCAUCAACCGGCGGGUUUUUAACACACUGUGGGUGGAACUCAACGUUGGAGGCUGUGACUCAUGGUAUGCCUAUGAUCGCAUGGCCGCUCUAUGCGGAACAGCGAAUGAAUGCUACAAUUCUUGCAGAGGAAAUUGGAAUAGCUAUCAAGCCAGUGGCGGAGCCAGGAGCGAGCUUGGUGGGACGUGAAGAGGUAGAAAGAGUGGUGAGACUUGCGAUAUUAGAAGGGAAAGAGAUGAGGAAAAAGAUUGAAGAGCUCAAAGAUAGUGCUGCAAAAGCCAUGGAGAUUGGCGGGUCGUCUUAUGACUCGCUAGCUUGUUUGGCCAAGGAAUGGAAGUCUUAAUUAGUCCACUGUAAGCUCCUGAGGAUCAUUCUGGCUAUUAGAAAAUAAAUCUUUGUUUCCAUGCCAGUGGCUCCAUCACAAGUUCGUUUAAUUUUCUGUAAACAAUCAAGCACUGCAAGUUCUUGUAAUAAUAAGCGUGCAUGUUUCCGUAAUUUCUUAGUGUAGAAAAAGCUCUUAAACGCGCGGGGGUAUAAUUGUCUUUACAAUAGUACAUGUUACUCAUUGGCAAGUUUUAUGUGUUAGAGGGGUGUUUUCUGGUU